AUGGAAAAUUCCAACCAAACAAUUGCGAAAAGAUUCGUUCUUCUAGGGCUCUCGAAUGUCCAUGGACUACAGGUUAUCUUCUCUCUGCUGUUUCUCCUGAUGUUCAUGGUGACGUUCACAGGAAAUUUUCUACUGAUCCUUGUGGUGAGACUGAAUCUCAAACUCCAGACCCCCAUGUACUUUUUCUUGAGCAACCUCUCUUUCAUUGAUAUUUGCUUUUCAACAACUGUAGUACCCAAAAUUGUGAUAGACACCCUAUCUCAUGACAAAAGUAUUUCCUUUCUUGGAUGUGCAGCCCAGUUGUACUUCCAUUUGGCACUGGGCGGCUCCGAAUGCUUACUAUUGGCCAUCAUGGCUUACGACCGGUACACCGCUAUCUGUAAGCCUUUACAGUACACUGCUAUCAUGAACAAAAUACUUUGCUUGUUUCUUGUUGGCGGAUGCUGGACUGCGAGUUUUCUGAACUCAUUUAUUCUGACAUUAUUCACCUUCCAAUUGCCUUUCUGCAAGUCAAACCUCAUCAACCACUUCUUCUGCGAGAUGCCUCCUCUCUUCCAUCUCUCUUGUGCAGAUACCUGGCUCACCGAGCUAGCAAAGUACAUUUCUGUUGGGCUAACUGUUCUUGGCUCUUUCCUGUGGAUACUCAUGUCCUAUUUCAGCAUCACCUUGACCAUACUGAAAAUCAGUUCUGCCAAGGAGAGACAGAAAGCCUUCUCCACGUGUGCUUCCCAUCUUAUAGUGGUUUCUCUCUUCUACGGCACUAUCAUGUUCAUGCAUUUACGCCCCCGGCAUUCUUAUUCUCCAGAACAGGACAGGGUGGUAACCAUCCUAUAUACAGUGGUGACUCCAAUGCUGAAUCCCAUUAUAUACAGUAUAAGGAAUAAAGAUGUCAAAGUAGCCAUUAAAAAGACAAUGAACAUUAGCAUAAAUCACUGA